UUUCACGAUUUACAAAAUAUAUAAAAGACUUGUUUUUUAAUGAUUCUUACACACAUAUAAAAGAUUAUAAUACUAACACAUGAUUCAAACCUUUAAACUUACACCUACUCCAAAAAGUUGGUAGAUUUCAAUACCCUUUAUCAGCCAGUCUCUGAUCUUCUCGUACGACCACCACUGUAUCUUCCUCAUUUGGUCGACCGGAGAAUCCAAUAUCACCUGAUUCUCUCUCUUAACGGAGUUAUGAUCUCGACAGGAAUAUCUACAGAUCUCAGCUUCAAUCCUAGAUCUCUGACUUCCUCUAUUACCUUCAAAUCCGGUUUAAGCAAUCGAAAGAUGUCUUUUUCGAGGGUUGGGUAUGCUGCUCAGAAGGGGAGGUUUAGCUGCAGUUUAUCCAACGCAGAGAACGUAGCAGCUUCUAAGGACGAUGAGAGAGGAAAGGAUGGAGCUUUGGUCAAGAUGUGCGGUAUCACGUCGGCUCGAGACGCUGCUAUGGCGGUUGAAGCUGGUGCUGAUUUAAUCGGGAUGAUCAUUUGGCCGCAUUCGAAACGUUCCGUUUCUCUUUCUGUUGCCAAGGAUAUCUCCAGAGUGGCGAGAGAAGGUGGGGCUAAACCCGUUGGUGUUUUUGUUGAGGAUGAUGAGAGCACGGUACUGAGGGCAGCUGAUGCUGCAGACCUUGAACUUGUCCAGCUUCAUGGUAAUGGUUCGCGUGCAGCUUUCUCGGGAUUAGUGCGUGAAAGGAGAGUUAUAUAUGUCCUUAAUGCAAGUGAGGAUGGAAAGCUCCUCAAUGAAGUUCCUGAGGAUUGUCAUCUCGCUGAUUGGAUUCUCGUGGAUAGUGCAACGGGUGGGAGUGGAAAAGGAUUUAACUGGGCUCAGUUCAAGUUACCCUCCACCAGAAGCAGAUAUGGUUGGCUCUUAGCUGGAGGAAUCAAUCCCACAAACGUUUCAGAAGCUCUUUCUAUCCUUCACCCUGAUGGAAUUGAUGUAAGCAGCGGUAUUUGCGGUCCAGACGGCAUCCAGAAGGAUCAGUCUAAGAUAAGUUCCUUCAUUACUGCUGUUCGCUCUGUGCAGUAUUAGUGGCUAGCGACAAAGCUAAGGUGUAUUUUGUAACUACAGGUUCUAGCAUCAACCUGUUGUUUCCAUGUCAUUGUGUUUGUAACUGUAACUGGCUGAUUAAAAUAGUGCCCUUCCUUUUCAUCAGUAAUAGAUUUGAGUUAUAAUAAGUGUUGGGUUGGCCAUGA